UUUAUCUGUUUAAGCCUUUUCUGUAUCUCUUUCGGUUUCCUGUCUCCGUCUCCAAACUGCUUCAUGAUGUGACACGUCUCUUCGUCAUAAGAAAUGUGUCUUAUCUCGUCCUAGGAAAAAAACUCACUGGCACUGUGCGUAAAAUGGCUUUAUACUCUCUGUGUGUGUGUGUGUGUUUGUUUGUGUGUGUGGUUAGGCUGUCCACAUUGAAGGGAAGUCAAGGCAAUGUCCUAUUAAGGAUGUGUGUCUGUGUGUGUGUGUGUGUGUGUGUGUGUGUGUGUGUGUGUGUGUGUGUGUGUGUGUGUGUGUGUGUGUGUCUGUGUGUGUGUAUGUGUGUUGGCUCUAAAGGGCCCUUUUCAGCAUAAACAUUGACCUUUUUUUGACCCUGGUCCCAAUUAGGUAAAACGUAUCUUCUGAGGUCUUGCUUAUGGUUAGUGGUAAGGUGGGACUUAAUAGUGUGUGUGUGUGUGUGUGUGUGUGUGUGUGUGUGUGUGUGUGUGUGUGUGUGUGUGCGUGUGUGUGUGAGACAGAGACUAGGGGGAACUUAGCUGUCUUUUUCGAUCCACUCCACAGUUGCUUCAUCCAGUGACAUCGCACCAUGUGAGUUAGCUCAUGUUUAUAAAGCGUCAGCCGGGCUUCCCGAGGAGAGAUUUUACAGACUUCACUUAAGCUGAUGAUACACACACACAGAGAGAGAGAGUGAGAGAGCAGGGAACGAGCUGAUCUUUCUUACACCUAAAGCCUCUGAAGCGCUGCAGUUUGAUUGAUUCCUCUCUUUUUUUAACCCGUCUUCCCUCCACAGCAGAAGAAGCAGACAUGGACGUGGAUCUUGGUGGAUUUCUGAGCCAGAACGGGACCUACGAUUAUGAUAAGGACUAUGAGUAUAAGCCGGACGACGAAUCGGAGGGCAGCCAGGCCGUGUUGAUCCCGCUGCUGUACUCCGCCGUGAUGGUUGUCGGUCAACUGGGGAACGUGCUGCUCCUGGUUAUUCUUAUACAGAAGAGAAGAUCUUGGAGCAUUUCAGACAUCUUCAUCCUCCACCUGGGAGUCGCGGACGCCCUGCUGCUGGCCACGCUGCCCCUCAGGGCCGUGCAGGCCGCUGAACACGGAUGGCGCUUUGGGACUGAGCUGUGCAAGAUCAGUGGAGCUAUUUUUAAUAUCAACUUCUACUGUGGGAUCUUUCUGCUGGCGUGCAUCAGUGUAGACCGCUGCCUGUCCAUCGUCCACAACACGCAGCUGUUCACCCACAACAAACCUGCGACGGCUCAUCUCAGCUGCCUCUUCGCCUGGUUCAUCUCCCUGAUCCUCACCAUCCCCGACUGGAUUUUUCUAACAGUUGUGACUGAGGAUAAAGGAACUGUUUGUCGUAACGACUACUCUCAGUCAGUAACUAACGGGCGACUGUUGUCCCGCCUGCGCCACCACACACUGGGCCUCCUGCUGCCUGCAGCCGUCCUGAUCUUCUGCUGCGUCCGUGUCCUGCUCCGGCUGCAGCAGAGAUCGAAAAGCUCCCACAAGCAGACUGCCUUCAUGGUCCUCCUGCCCCUGGUGGUGGUCUUCUUUCUCUGCUGGGUGCCGUACAACAUCACGCUAAUUGUGGACACCUUCAGGAACGGUCCUAAGGAACCUCUGGAUGGUUCUCUGAAAACAGCUCUGAUGGUCACAGCCGCUCUGGGCUGCGUCCACGCCUGCCUCAGGCCUCUGCUCUAUUUCGGCCUGUGUGAUAACUUCAGGAAACGGACAGUGGCCUUGCUGACAUGUACUACAGAUGAAUCUCAAGGGUCACUGUGCGAGCUGGGUGUGGGCGAAGAAGCUCGGCCCGACCAGAGUCAGGAGGCGGUGGAGGAGAUGAAACCGAUGACGAGUGUCGAGCAACAGGUGCAGUCGCCUCAGUGCUGACAAAUAAAAGCACCGUGUGACUCAAAGAUGAAUAAGGUUUCAUCGGUAGAGAAAUUUAACGUUAAGUCAUGUUCUAGGUCUGAGUUGUUCGGGGACUAUGUUGUGUGUAAUGUUGAGAAAUAGAUAUUUAUACAUGUUGCACUUUAACUGUGAAAGUUUCAGAGCCACAUCAUGGUGUUGAACUUUUAUUUUGUAAUCAUCGUUAAAGAACUGCAGCUUGUCACCCUGAAUCAUUGAUUUGAUUUAAAUGUAGGUAUAUAUUUUUUAAUCGUAUCAUUAUUAUUAUUAUAUUUCAGAUUUGUUAUAUAUAAAGUCAGUGAACAUUUCUCAGAUGUUAAACAAUCAUCAUAAAGCUGAUGCCAUUAUCACUGAAGCUCUUGGGAACAUAAGCUCUUAUUUUUGCCAGUGUUACUGUAUGAAACAGUCAUUCUACAUGUUGUCUUUGUAAAGCAGUAUAGACUGUGUGGAUUCCACGAUUGUGCAACCAGUGUGUGGAUGUCUGGUUAUAGUCAUGAUGCAGCGGGGGAAUUUCCUUCAGUGGAUCCCAUGCACGGCUGUUGUUUUUUACUUUGUUUUGCAACAUGGAUGUGUGUGAUCUGUGGGACACAGGAUUACAUGAACUGGUGCUGAUGUCAUUAGUCAGGUGACAGAGUGAGACAAAGGAGGGUGGAGAUAGGACUGUGGCGUGCUCUGUCUGUAAGAGCAGUUGAAUGUGGUGGGUAAACAAAGGGAAGCAGAGGAGUUAGUCUAGAUAAACUCUUAUCUUGAAGAUCCCAACACAACACACAUUUUACCACCAUGCUGCUUUACAGGUUAAAGCCUGCGAGCCGGCCUGAUUUCUGGUCUCAAGGCAAAAUAAUACUAUAUCAACACAUGUAAAUGUUACAUGCAAUAAAAAGUACUUUCUA